CAACAAUAUGAUUAUAGUGAAUACCUCAAAAAUUAGGCUUAUUCCUACCUCCGAAAGUAAGCUUAAUACAUAAUAUGAAUAUCUGAUAAGAGAAUAUCUACGUUUAAUAAGUUUUUCUGAAUAUUCUAUAAAUCGGUAGUACAUUGAACGUAGAAACAGGAAUAUACAAUUUCAAUGUAAAAAAUGCAAUGUAAAAAAAAGUGACUAAAUUCAUAUAUGACAUCAUAAUUAUAUUGCUAAAAUUUGCAAGAUUAUUUCCAACUACAGUUUUCCUUUAUGGUGAAACUUGUCCAUCUCCUAUUUCUGUAAUGGUAUCUGACAUAAUAGUCCUUUGGCUGAGAUCCAACGACACUAAAUACUUCAUUCAUUAAAUACAAACAGAUCCCAUAGGCUUUAAAGAGUAUAUGUCAUGACUUAUAACCAGCAUCACCAAGCAUUAAAUCAACAGUCCACAAGCAUCUAGUCUCUAGUCUAGUGCAUACAUAGUCACUCAAAAGGGUGUAUAAUCUGGCAGCUAUGACUAAAAGGCAGAAGCUACAAUAUGGUGCAAUGUUUUUCUCUCUUUUGGGAUGUGUUCUAACCUGUGUCAGCACUUUUGUGCCUCUUUGGAAAAACCUCAAUUUAGACCUUAAUGAAUUGGAGAUCUGGAACCAGGGACUGUGGCAGACAUGUGUGAUACAAGAUGAAGGACCUAUGGAAUGUAAGGAUUUUGAUUCAUUUUUGGCCCUGCCGCUCCCAAUCCAAAUGUCAAGGAUUUUGAUGUUCUUCUCUAAUGGCUUGGGGGUUAUUGGCCUCCUAAUAUCUUGCUUUGGAUUGGAUUGCCUGAAAACUGGUGAAGAUAAAAACAAGUCAAAGUUGAAUCUCUUUGGUGGGAUAUUGUUUUGGGCCUCAGCAGUAACAGCACUAGUCCCAGUUUCUUGGAUAGCAUACGACAUUGUCCAGGAAUUUUGGGAUGAGACCAUUCCAGAAAUUGUGCCACGGUGGGAAUUUGGCGAAGCUCUGUUUAUGGGCUGGUUUGGAGCUUUCUUUCUUAUGCUGGGUGGCACAUUACUCAUCUGUUCAAGCUGUUGUGUGUCUGGAAACCAAUUUCGGACUGGGACUACACUUACUAGCAGACCAGGGAUCCAAUCAUAUCAUCUGACAAAUGUACAAACCAGACAACCAGAUCUGAAAAUAUGAAAGAAUUAUUCUACCUUUCUUCCUGGUUUGGGAAGUUUAGCCAUAAUUUAUGUGACUUUGUCUUUUAUGAAUAUAAAGUGUGCAAAGAUCAGUGUCUUUAGAUGGUCUUCAUGGCAUAUCCAGUUCAUUUUAGAAUAAUCUGUAUUUUAAAUGUUUUAAGGAAUUUCGGAAAAGGAAAACUAGCUGUGUUUACUUCAUUUACAUAGUAUGCAUUAACCCAAAUUAUUACUUUUUAAUCUCUGCUUGAUUUCUUACACUUCAACCUAGAAAUUUACUUUACCUGAUAUACAACUUUAUAUAUGUAUAGACGUUCGACAAUUGCUAAUAAAUGUGCAUUUGUAAACACAAAUAUGUUGGAAAGAAAUCUGCAUAGAAGCUUAAAAAAAUAGCUGGAUUUAGCAAUUAAAAAAAGAAAAAAAGUUUUGCUGUAAGUAAUCUGAAUUCACUUUUCCUGUUUUCUUGUCAAAAGAGUCAGUUGCUAAUUUACAUUUUCCGUUUCCCACCCUGUGGAUAAAUGCCAUUUAUAGAAUAUAUUUAUAUAUGUUGCCAAUAAAAU